CAGUAGGACAGGAUUCAGGCUGACAACUCAGUCGCACUGUCCUGCAGUACAGUAUGGCAGCGCUAUCAACAAAAUAAAAACAAUAAAUAUGCUGAAAAGCAUCUACUUUAAACGUUGCAGUUACAUACGUGACAUAAAUAACAGAUAUAAACAAGUAAACGCUCCACACGCAGCGCCCGGAGAGUUGCAUUUGUUCAAUGGAAAUAAUACAUAAUCAGCAUUAAGUGCCAUCUGCUACAGCUGGACAAGGAUAUCCGCCGUCUAACCCGGAAGCUGUGUGUAAAGGUAGCCUUGUGUCGGGUUAGUAGUGCGGAUGCUUGCUUUGUGUUUGUCUUACAGUACAGGUUUUACGUUUUUCUUUUCUAAAACAAGAAUAACCAUUUAACGUCACUGGUAGCUUCAGUUUUCUACGGUUUCUGAAAAGUCUCCAGAAGCUAUGGUGUCAAGAAGCAUUUGAUCGUGUUUAUUUUUUAUUCUGUUUUUAUUUUUAUGUUUGCGCUUAUCAUUAUAAUUGAAUUGCUUUGCUGCUGUAGGGAAGGAGGUUAGUUUGGUUACACCGUGUCUCCAUGCCAGAGCAAGGCCCCAGGAUGAAUGGUUUCUCACUAGGUGAGCUGUGCUGGCUUUUCUGUUGCCCGCCCUGCCCGAGCCGGAUCGCGUCCAAGCUCGCUUUUCUGCCCCCUGAGCCCACUUACUCGGUGCUGACAGACGAGGCCAACGCGACGUCCAGUCUUCACUUGAAUGAGCGGGCAGACUGGCAGUACUCCCAGCGGGAACUGGACGCUGUCGAGGUGUUCCACACCCGAACGAGCCGGGGCAACCGGGUCGGGUGCAUGUUUGUCCGCUGUGCCCCCAACAGCCGCUACACCCUGCUCUUUUCCCAUGGCAACGCAGUGGACUUGGGCCAGAUGUGCAGCUUCUACAUCGGUCUCGGAUCCAGGAUAAAUUGCAACAUCUUCUCCUACGAUUACUCGGGUUACGGGGUCAGUUCUGGCAAACCGUCAGAGAAGAACCUGUAUGCUGAUAUUGAGGCAGCUUGGCAGGUGUUAAGAACAAAGUACGGAGUCAAUCCUGAGAACAUUAUCCUGUAUGGGCAAAGCAUCGGCACAGUCCCUACGGUGGACCUCGCCGCUCGGUACGAAUGUGCCGCUGUCAUCCUCCAUUCUCCACUCAUGUCAGGACUGCGAGUGGCAUUCCCCGACACCAGGAAAACGUACUGCUUUGAUGCCUUUCCAAGCAUCGAUAAGAUCUCAAAAGUAGCAUCUCCAGUGCUGGUGAUCCAUGGAACUGAAGAUGAGGUCAUUGAUUUCUCCCACGGCCUGGCGAUAUACGACCGCUGUCCCCGAGCAGUGGAGCCUCUCUGGGUGGAGGGGGCCGGACACAAUGACAUAGAGCUGUACGCACAAUACCUGGAAAGACUCAAGCAAUUCAUAUCCUUUGAACUGCCCAACUCCUGAAAAAGAAGGAAAAAAAGCACAUGUGGUGACAGGUUGCUACUCUGAGCCAGGGGGCUGGCCUGAUCAGUAUUUGCACAUGCUUUUGUCUGGAUUGCUGUCAAAGCUUCAGACCAUAAAGAAAGCCCUUUGUAAUCCUAGGGUGAAUUUUAAUGUGAUAACUACAAUUUUGCAAUCUUUUAUAUACAUGGAAAACAUUCAGAUAAUACACCUGGGAUACUGGACUGCUGAUUUUUAUUUUUUUUGUUCUCUCCCUGUAAUAAAUCCCCCUAAAGGAAACUGGUUAAGCUGGAGCACCAUGCUAGUAACAAUGUUUUCCCACUUGAUUUUGGUUUGUUUUGCAAUCUUUUUAUAAUUUUUUUUAAAUGGUUAAUGAGGAGGAAAAAAGUACCUGAUUUAAGUCUUGGUAUUCACGACACCAGUCAUUGGUUUGAUUUGGUCGACGCCUAUGCCUACUGUAUGGUCUGAUACCCAUUCAGGUUUAAGGCCCAGGGAAUACACUCUCUUUGUGAAGUUUCUAAUUGUGGUAUUGUAACUGGAAAAGCUGUGUUGAUAAGGUUUUAUCUAAUUAGUGAUGAUUUAGUAAAAAGUGCUGUAUUUGUUCAGCCGCAGUACAUAUAACAGGAUUUUCCACACUGUUGAAGUGUGGUGCUUGGUACAGUAUGUCUAAAGAUAGGUACACCACUUUUGUUCAACAUAUGUUUUCUUUCUCACUAAAAAAAAUUGUUAAACUGGAAAAAAAAGAAACAUAAAAUGUGUAAAUGUAUCAUCUUUUAAAACAUAUUUGACACAUCGUACUUUACUCCAUCAUUCCUUUUUGCCAGUAUUUUUGAAAUGGGUGUUUUAUUUCAGCCAAUCUUUUUUUGGUUUAUUUAUAAAGCAUUAGGAUGUUCAAUUGAUUUGUUUUAAUAGGCAGUACUGUGGUUUAUACAGAACAUUUCUAAGAAGCAUUGUACAUUAAAAAUAAAUACAUAAUAAUAAUAAACAUGUACAAAAAAACUACAUUUGAAACAUGAUUAUAUACAAGAGGUGAAAUAAUAUAAAAAGACUACAGCUAGUUUUCAUUGCAGUUCUGUAAGCAAAAUAUGUACAUUUAAGUUAAAUAUAUUGGAGUGGUUUUUUCUUUUAUAACUAAAAUGGUCUGGUAUGUUUUUGAAAAACAAUCUUAAAGGUUGGUUUUUUUUUUAAUACAUAUAAUGACAAGGGUUUAUUAUUAAACACUACUUAAUGCAAUUGUUUGAGAAUUGCUUUCUUGGGCUGCUUUUCAAAUCUAGAUUACUGCAGUUCUAGAAUCUUGACCCUCUAUUUUUUUUUUUUGGUUAUCCAAGCCUAUUUUUUUUUUUUUAAAGAUUGGAAUUUUGUUGACUGUUUUAAUCCCCAAUUUUUUUUAUACCUACAUUUUUUUCAGUAAUACAUAAUAAAUUUACACAUUUGUGUUGCACAGAUUUUUUUUAAAUUUUAUUUGGGGGGGGGGGGGGGGGGUGAGAUAUAUAUAAUAAAAAUAAUGGGUUGAGGAUAUUUUAGCCUACUUGAUUUUGACACUGGAAUCACAGUAUGCAUAAAAAUGCAAAAACAAAAAAAACAAAAAAAAAACACUUAAUAGGUACACACUACUACGAGUCUAUAUCUUAUUUUAAGAAAUAAAAAAGCCUUAAAUGUACUGUAAGACUGAGAUUGAUGUAAAAUUGAUUGCGUUAGAAAUGUUUCUGUACAGUUGCUUUAAAGCAACAUAAUGGUUGUAAUGGAAUAAAGGAUGCAUGGAAUUAAUAAUCAAA